AUGGCGGUGAGAUCGGUGGUAGGUAUUGUAGGAGCAGCCAUCUCAGGCCCGGGGAUGAUCAGAGGGGAUGGAUCUUCUCCACAAGGAGGAAUUUCAUUUGUUCACACCGCCGGCGCGGGAGUUGGCCUGUUCCCAAAUGGCCUGUUCCCGCUUUAUGAACUUGGCUUAAGGGAUCAAUUGGAUGCAAUUAGCUGCGAGAUGGAGAGUCUUUCGGUUUGGAGAGGCUUCCCCGAUGGCUCUCACAAGUUCCUCAACAAUGUUAAAAAUGCUGGUUGGGCGGCAGACCUACAGACCUGCCCUCGCAUCGUAGAACGUCAACGACUACGCAUGAUGCUGCUAGAGCGCUUUCAAGACCUUGGGGGCGAAGUCUGUUGGAACAAGAAGCUAGCUGGACUAGAGUCUCUUGGAUCCGCUGGUGUCAGAGCCGUUUUCACAGACGGGGUGUCCAAGAAUGUCGACUUAAUAAUUGGUGCGGAUGGAGUAUGGUCUACAGUCCGGAAACAUAUCUUGAAGGAAAGAAACCCUAAGACUGCGGAGCUUCGUUGGGUUCCACCCUUCGUCAGAGUUGGAGGCAUCUAUGGAAUCUCGUCGGACCCUGGUGCUGUACCAGAUAGUAAUUCACAGAAGCUUGGUGCGUCGAAGGAAGCCUGCCUAGUUUUACUUGACCAAGGGCAUAUCGGAGCGCUACCACUAGAGGAUGGGAAGAUAGCUUGGACAAUACAGUACACUGAAAAACAUGCUCCUGAGAGGACUACGCCGAUCCAAAAGGAGGAAAUUUCUAUGAGUGAUCCGUAUCAAUCCAAAGUGGUACCUGGACUAUAUGAGCCACAUUCCACCGCAGAAUUCGUUCGUGGCUAUGAGAACAUAUGGCACCCUACUCUUGGAUCGUUUCGGCCCCUGUUCGAAGCCUCAGAACGUAUCAUUCGAAGUCCACUUCGGCAGUUCGCAUGGGAGCAGAACGAAAUCCAAUGUGGCAACGUAGCAGUGAUCGGUGAUGCUGCGAGGGUUGUGCCACCCUACGCAGGUCAAGGCAAGUCAUUGACCACUAUCAUUGAACCUUUGACCUGCCUGUUUAUCUAA